GACAUUCCGUGCCCGUAUUCGAAAAAGUCAAAAGUCCAUUUCAUUAAUAAAUAACGAAGAAGAAAAAUUUUUGUCAAAAUAUUUUUAAAUUGUCAGUGUAAAGUUAUGACCCGAGGAGUGCAUAAUUCCAUAAUUCAAAAUUUAUUGAAAAGGCUAUCUUUAUCAAAUGGAGAUAUUCGUUUCUAUAACUGCAUCGGAAACACUACAGUGACAAAUAGUUGUUCUAAUACAAGGAUAUCUGUGUUUAAUAAUAGAAUCUUGUCGAACAGUCUGUGUACAAAAUACUUUAUUAGAGAAAUGGCUACGCAAGUUGAUUCAUCAACCUCUGAUUCGAAACGUGCAAAUCGUUUAAAAUUAGAAAAAUCGCCGUAUUUACUACAACAUGCUACAAAUCCAGUUGAUUGGUACCCGUGGGGGCAAGAAGCUUUCGAUAAAGCGAAAUCCGAAAAUAAAUUGAUAUUUUUGUCAGUUGGAUAUUCUACAUGUCACUGGUGUCAUGUUAUGGAAAAAGAAUCGUUCGAAAACGAAUCAGUAGCAGAAAUAAUGAAUAAAUACUUUGUGAAUAUCAAGGUCGAUAGAGAAGAACGCCCCGACGUUGAUAAACUAUACAUGUCGUUUAUACAGGCUACAGUCGGAGGGGGCGGUUGGCCAAUGUCUGUUUUUCUUUCACCCGAUUUAGAACCAAUAGCAGGCGGCACAUAUUUUCCUCCCGAAGAUAUGUUUGGCAGACCUGGGUUUAAAACGGUUCUAUUAAAAAUUGCCAAACAAUGGGAUAGUAGUAAAUCUAUUUUGGUUAAUUCGGGUAAAAAAGUGCUAGAAAUAAUGAAUAAAUUAGCCAUGAAAGAUACCGAUCAGGUAGAAAACGUACCUGGGGAAGAAUGCUGGAAAAAAUGUCUCCUUCAACUAUCAACACAUUAUGAAUCUGAUUACGGUGGAUUUAGUGCCGCUCCAAAAUUCCCACAACCGACAAAUUUCAAUUUCCUUUUUCACAUAUAUUCCAGAAAUAAAAAUAGCGAACAAGGUUUGAAAUGUUUAGAAAUGUGUCUACAUACUUUAAAAAAAAUGGCGUACGGUGGAAUUCACGAUCACGUUAAUAAAGGUUUCGCUAGAUAUUCGGUUGAUAAUAAAUGGCACGUGCCACAUUUUGAAAAAAUGCUGUACGACCAAGCCCAAUUAGCUAUAUCUUACUGUGAUGCUUUCGUACUUACACAAGAUGAAUUUUAUGCUGAUAUUGUUAGAGAUAUCCUCGAAUAUGUUUCAAGAGACUUGAGUCACGUACUUGGAGGAUUUUAUGGAGCUGAAGAUGCCGAUUCGUACCCUUAUGAAGGUGCUGCUCACAAACAAGAAGGGGCUUUUUGCGUAUGGGAAUAUGAAGAAAUAUCCAAUUUGCUCGACGAGAAAACCGAUAAUAUCUCCCACGCCGAAUUAGUCGCUUACCACUACAACGUACAAAAAGACGGAAACGUUCAACCUUCCCAAGAUCCCCACGGGGAAUUGAAAAACAAAAACGUCUUAGCAUGUUUCGGUUCGUACGAAAGCACCGCAAAUAAAUUCGAUAUUAGCGUCGAUAAAGUAAAAGAAAUCCUACGGAAAUGCCACCAGGUUUUAUACGAAGCCAGACGGAAAAGACCCAAACCGGAUGUCGACACUAAAAUACUGACAGCUUGGAACGGUUUGAUGAUUUCCGGUUUCGCGAAAGCGGGAUUCGCUUUAAAAGAUCAAACGUACAUAGAUAGGGCGAUUAAAGCGGCCGAUUUCAUCAAAAAUCAUCUUUACAACGAAAAGGAAAAAUAUAUUUUGAGAUGUUGCUAUAAAGAAGGAUCGGAUUCGAUCACUUUGGGCAAUUCCCCUAUCGCCGGUUUCGUGGACGAUUACGCUUUCCUUAUAAGAGGACUAUUGGACCUUUACGAAGCCUCUCUAGACACCCAAUGGCUCCAAUGGGCCGAGACCUUGCAAGAAAUACAAAAUGCGAAAUUUUGGGACCAAAAGGAAUACGGUUAUUUCACCAGUCCGGCCGAAGAUAAAAGUAUAGUUAUCAGGGGGAAGGAGAACCAAGACGGCGCCGAACCUUCGGGGAAUUCCGUUUCGGUACAUAACCUCCUAACCUUGGCGGGCUACUUAGAUAGACAAAAUUUCCGCCAAAACGCCGAGCUAAUAUUCAAAGCCUUCGCGGAAACCUUGAAAAACGUCCCCGUAGCCUUACCGGAAAUGACGUCGGCUUUGUUGUUUUACCACAACGCGCCGACGCAGGUUUUCAUCGCGGGGCCGAAGGAAGACAGCAACACGCAGGCCCUUCUCGACGUGCUGCGUUCCAGAUUCAUCCCCGGGAAAAUUUUGGCCGUCGCCGACGGUCCUUCGGGCGCGGCCGGCCUUCUGUACCGACGCCACGAGCACUUGCUGCACAUGCGGCCGGUCGGAGGUAAACCAGCGGCGUACGUGUGCAGGAACUUCGCUUGCGCUCUGCCCCUCACCGAGCCGGACGCUUUGGCCACCUCCCUCGACACCGGCGACGGUUUCGAACUAAAAUGUGAUAGACAAUAAAAAUCGAAUCUCCGACUAAAGUAGAUUUGUACAGGUCGUUAAUCUGAAGGUUGUAUAAAAUGGUUUUAAUUGUUGUUAGAUUUAUUUACAGUUGAUAAAUAUACUCGGUUAUAUAACGAAAUAUUUUUUUUUUUUUUUUUUUUAAUACAAACUUAGCACCAAUAACGGGUAAUAGAUUUAGGGUUUUUUGAAAAAAAUUUUACAAUAGAAUAAAUGGUUUAAUUAGAUUUCGAGUUUUUUAGAAAUUGUGUUAUCGUUGCGAACAAGAAUUUAGAGACACCGAAGAACUAAAAAAUCGAAAAAAUAUUGCAAAAUUAAGGAAGAACGAGGUAAUAUAAUGGAAAGGACCGAAGAGUUCGAAAAGAACCAAAAAAAUGAGUCUAAAAUGAUCGAAAUAUUAAGAUACGAUAAAAAUAUUAAAAACAAGACCAUAAAAGAAGCCAGAAUAGUUGAGAUAGACCGAGAAACAAAGAUAAAAGGAAAAUAUUUAAAAAGAAAUCAAAAUAUAACAAAAGGAAAGGACUAUAUGAGAAGGUAUAACAGAAAACGAAGACCGAGUAGUUCAAAUGAACCAAAGAGACUUCAAAAGAAGUAGAAAUAUGGUAAAAUGGAAAGCUAGAAAAGAAAUCGAAGACCGAGUAGUUCAAAUGAACCAAAGAGACUUCAAAAGAAGUAGAAAUAUGGUAAAAUGAAAAGCUAGAACAGAAAUCGAAGACCGAGUAGUUCAAAUGAACCAAAGAGACUUCAAAAGAAGUAGAAAUAUGGUAAAAUGGAAAGCUAGAAAAGAAAUCGAAGACCGAGUAGUUCAAAUGAACCAAAGAGACUUCAACACAAGUAGAUAUAUGGUAAAAUGGAAAGCUAGAAAAGAAAUCGAAGACCGAGUAGUUCAAAUGAACCAAAAAGACUUCAAAAGAAGUAGAAAUA